AUGGAUAACAUGAGUUGACAUUAUAAACUCGGACAGCCUUUCACCUUGCUCAUUCCAUUCCAUUCCUUCGAUCGUAUGGAAAUUCCGGACAGCGACGAUUUCUUCAAUGAAGCUAUUGCGACGGCAUCUACUGAUGCCGUAAAGAAAGCAGUUAAACCGGCUGAAAAAGUUCGGACACAACCAUCAGAAGCAUAG